CCGAACUGAGGACCUACCUCAUCCAAACCAAACGACAAAGCUGCCUCCUUCCCCGCGCUGCUAUCCAGUAUCCACUCCCACCAGUCCCCAUGGCCACUUAUCUCACAGCGCCACCAGCAGCUGCUGCUGCUACGGCGGCAAGCUGCCAUGCCUUCUCCGGCUCCGGGAGAAGCAGCCGGCCAACGCAGCACGCGGUGACGUGCCAGGCGUCCAGGAGAUCAGCCUCCCUCCACCUCGGCCUCGCUGCUGCAACCGCCGUCCUGCUCCGCCAGCCUGACGCCGCCCGCGCCGCCGACGACGGCGAGCCGGCCAACAACGGCUGGUGGCUCACAGAGUUCCCCUUGCCCGUGCCCAAGAUCCUCAACAAGGAGAUCAACAACCCGGAGACGGGGACGCGCUCCUUCCUCAAGAACGGCAUCUUCAUGGCGGACAUCGGCCCCAGCUUCGCGGCGCACGCCUACCGCCUGCGCAGCAACGCCUUCGACCUGCUGGCGCUGGAGGACCUGCUCGGCAAGGACGCCUCCAACUACGUCAACAAGUACCUCCGCCUCAAGUCCACCUUCAUGUACUACGACUUCGACAAGCUCAUCACCGCCGCCGACGACAAGGGGCCCUACGUCGACCUCGCCAACCGCCUCUUCGACAGCUUCGAGGCGCUGCAGCAGGCUGUCACCGCCAAGGAUGACCCCAAGAUAAGCGACCGCUACGCGGAGACAAAAGUCAUCCUCCAGGAGCUCAUGGCCAAAAUGGCCUAGCAGCAGUCAGCAGCAGCAGCUCUCCAAAAAAUUCAAUUCAUAAUGUAUGGUCAGAAUUCGCAAAUAAGGAAAUAUAAUCAUCAUGUCAUGCUAGCA